UGGGAUGAACUGAAAUUUGAUCAUUAUAAUAUAAUGAAUUAUAGCCUCAGUAUAAAUAUCGUUAUCAGUUUAAUAACAGCAGUGCGCCAUCAGGUGUGUAAAUAUCACACCCUUUUCCUGUUUCCUUCCUGGAUAUAUGUUACAUCAAAUGGGAAAAGCCACAGCUGCACUAUAAAAGACUUCUGGCAGUAAGUAGAACCUGUAGAUCAGGAAUCUGCGUUGCUACUUCAGCUGGUGAACUGAGACGCAAAGAAGCUCCCGCUUGUAAAAAGAGAGUGAGAGACAGCUAUACCAGCUAGCUCGGUCCUGAGAAGGAUCUCCCUGCUAUCUUCAGCUGCCAGCAUCCCACCCACCAGCUAAUGGAGAAUGAUGGAGGCCCCCGUCCCCAGGUGCUGUCCUUUCCUUCGCAGCACCCUACGCGGCUUCUGGAGACAUACGUGAAGCGCAGUCUGAGCAUCACUCCGGAGACGCCUGGGGUCGAGCCACCCAGGGCCAAACUCGGCGAAUGGUCCUCACUGGUGGAAAGUCAGAUCAGAAUCGGGGGCCACGAUAUUUCCAGUACUGUUUGGCCGCCUCAUGGCAUUGCGGAGGUGGGGCCCGCCGAGGAAGAUGAGCCGCUGGACCCUGUUGCCCAGCCGGAGCAGAAGCCCAAGAAGAUCAGCAAGAGGAAGAAAAUCUUGCAAUGCUUCGCUGGCCUAUUCUCCAGGAACGCCAGCGGGAAGAAGCAGGAAAUGGAGUCUGAGCAGGAGAAAUUAGGGAGGAAAAAGAGCACGAGGAAAAGCUCCCUCAAGAGCAGUGGUAUCCAGGAGGCCAAGUUCACCCCUGUAAAUCGGCCUUUCCCUCUGGCUGGGUAUGACACGGACCACAAGCUCAACAUCUUAAGUGUGGAACCCCCUAAUACAUACUACGAGACGGUAUCAGAGGAGCUAGCGAAUAUCGUGAAGGAGGUCAAAGAGAGUCCGAGGAAUGAAGGUUACACGACUGUUGCACAAGUCUUUGAGAAAAGCACUAAAGCGGCUACAGAAGAAGAAAUCAUAAAGAGGAUUGUAGAACUUUUAAAAGAACAAGGAAAAGACAUUGAUGAAAAGCUGGCGAUGAACAGCAAUGUGAGCACCUUCUUCCAGAUGCUCUCUUACGGCCGCUUCCAGCAGCUCGCUGAUUGUUACGUGGACGUGGAGACCCCGGGGCCGCUGCCUGCCGGCACUGGUGACCCCGCCCUGGUCCGCUUCGCCUUCACCCUGGACUUCACCGCCAAGUUGGCUCUCCUUUAUAACAACGCUCUGUGUCGGAUUGUGGACUUUGGGGUCCAGUACCUCCACGAUCGCUUUACUCAGAUCGACAUGCAGAAGAAUGACAUGAGCACAGAAUCUCAAGAACAAGAUGCAGAUGUUCCAGACCUGGACUAAACACAAAAAUUUAUGUUGGUGCAAUGAAGGACUGAUUCCACAUCUUCACCACUGAAAAUAUUGGAUUUUAGCCUCAAUAUGAGACAAAGAUCACAAACUGCUAUAAAGACAGGAUUUUCCAAUGAAGCCGGAAAGGGUGGAUCAGUUCAAGCGGCAAAGACACAUUGUUACAAAUGCCGCUGCUCUGACAGUCACCAGCCCACCUACAGACCAUUCUGCUACGCACAGUGUUCUUCUUGACUUGAAUGUUGCAGAUCUGCAUUUCUAUCCAUCCAUAAAUGAAAGGAAGAAAAAAGGUGCUUUCAUCCUCCUUCCUGGUCACGUCACACACUGAGAAGCACCUGCAUGCUGCUAUAUUUGCACAUUUGUGGAAAUGACAUGGGGAAAGAAAAGACACUGGGUAACCGGAGAAAACUUUUUAAUGUGUUGCUCAUAUUUCAAUAAAUUUAAACUGAUUAUCUUUUUAUUACAAACACUUUAAAUGAAAUGAACUGUAAUUUAUCGAGAUUUGGUAACAUAACUGUUAAAUGAAUGAUGAAAGACUGGACUUUGGUAAGAUGCGUAUUUUUAAAUGGUUGGAUAUGAAGUGUGGUCUGAAGGAUGAACAUGCUUCGCCAAACGUCUUUAUAGGUUCAGUGUCAGACCGAAUAAUCUCACCAGCCAUACUGUAAAAAACAACUUGAACUGUUUUAUAGUGCUCUGUGUAUGCUGGCGUACACAGCAUGUCAAUUUUUAAUCAGUAUGUUUGAUUAUUAUUUAUUUGCUUAUUUAUUUAUAUAUUUAUUUGCUUAUUUAUUUAUAUAUUUAUAUGCUUAUUUUAAUUAUUUGUUACUUAAAUUGUAUGUUGUGUUAGUGUAAGCAGUGGAGACUAUGUGUAACUCAUUGCCCUGCUCAUUAUAAAUGGUUUACAAACUC